GAUAUUUGACGUCACAUUUGAGCGCGAAGCAUGGCCUAAUCGCUGGCUGCAGAAGGCGGGGCUUAUACUCUUCAUUUAACGUUCAGUGGCGGUUCCAUUUUCACUGGUUAGUGUGUUGUGCAGAGCGCCAUGUCGAAAGAGGGUCAGCCCAGAGAACCAGAGCAGCUUCGGAAGCUGUUCAUUGGAGGCCUGAGCUUCGAGACAACAGACGAGAGCCUGCGCUCUUACUUUGAGCAAUGGGGCGCGUUAACCGACUGUGUGGUUAUGAGAGACCCGAGCUCCAAGCGCUCCAGAGGGUUUGGUUUUGUGACGUACUCCAGCGUGGAGGAAGUGGAUGAAGCCAUGGGGGCGCGUCCCCACAAAGUAGACGGACGCCUCGUAGAACCCAAACGGGCCGUGUCCAGAGAGGAUUCAAGCAAGCCUUUCGCACACACCACUGUGAAAAAGAUCUUUGUGGGCGGCAUUAAGGAAGAUACGGAGGAGAGCCAUUUACGGGACUACUUUGAGGAAUUCGGAAAGAUCGAAGCAGUUGAAAUAAUGAUCGAUCACAAGACUGGGAACAAAAGAGGCUUCGCUUUUGUUACGUUCGACGACCACGAUGCUGUGGAUCGCAUCGUUAUUCAAAAAUACCAUACAAUAAAUGGUCACAAUUCAGAAGUGAGAAAGGCAGUGUCCAAACAAGAGAUGCAGAAUUCAUCAAUGAAUAUGAGGGGACGUGGAGGUGGAAACUAUGGUCGAUAUGGAAACAAUGACUUUGGAGGAGGCAGAGAUGGCUUCAGAGACGGUUUCAGAGAUGGUUUCAGAGGUGGUAGAGGAUAUGGAGAUGGCUACAACAAUGGCUUUGGAGGAGAUGGUGGCUAUGGUGGUGGCGGCUCUGGCUAUGGAGGCAACCGUGGGGGUGGUGGAUACGGUGGCGGCGGCGGACAAGGUUAUGGAAACGGCGGUGGAGGAUAUGGUGGGGGCGGUUACGGUGGCGGCGGCGGCAAUGGUUAUGACAACUAUAACAGCGGUAACUUUGGUGGUGGUGGUGGUAGCAGCGGUGGUGGUGGCGGCAACUACAAUGAUUUUGGAAGCUACAACAGCCAGCAGUCAAGCUUUGGCCCAGUCAAAGGAAAUUUUGGCGGUGGCGGUGGCAGAAAUGGUGGCCCAUAUGGUGGUGGAUAUGGUGGUAGCUCAGGAGGAGGUGGAGGUUAUGGCGGCGGAUCCGGUGGAGGCUAUGGCGGAAACUCUGGAGGCAGACGAUAUUAAGUUCUUUUUAAGGACUCAGUACUUAGGAGAGGAGACAGGAGAGCGAGAGAGCUGACAGGGCAGCGGCAGGUUUACCCCAUAGAUCUGCUCAGCCAUUCAGAAGAGAUGUACAAUAGUGCUGUCACAAGCGGGACUGUUUUUGUCAAUGGCUGUCAUGUUGAGUUUUUUUUUUUAUAUAUAUAUUUUUAUUUUCUUUAUUGGAUGCAUUCCACUAGGUUUUGUAGAAGUACUUUAUUCCGCUAUUCUAAUUAUGUAUAACUCUAAGAAAUCAAGUUGAAAUAAAGCGACUUCCAGUUUUUAAAAAAAAAAAA